AUGACUAUCGAGGAGGCUCAAAGCAUUAUGAAUCAGUUGCAGGAGCUCGAGUUCCCCCGGUCCAUGGCAAAGGCUCGCCAGAUCUCCCUCCUGAAGGUCGUCGACAAGGACGAAUGGCGCAAGUUGACGGACGCCGAGAAGUGUGCCGCUGGAGUCUUUCACAAAAUUUUGGGUGACGACAUGAGAAUUCCAUACGAUGUGCUGCCCUCGCAUAUCGAAGGUUGGAGGGACGGCUUGCAUUUUGCCAACGAAUUGACCGAAUGGGUCGUUCAGUACGAAAAUGAAGUAGCCCGGCCCUCGGAAGCCUCUAACCACUACGUGAGCGUCUACGUCGAUGCAGCCGUGUCUGCUCUGCCCGACUUCGUACGAAUCACUUUGCGAAAGACAUUGGCUGCUGACAUGAACGAUAUCAUGGUGCAAAGUCUCAAGUAUGUUGAAGGAUUCAACGGCUUCUGGUUUGAAAAUAACUAA